UGUCAGUCGUGAUGUAUAUUUAGAUAUUAAAAUUCAUAUAAAUAACAUAAUACGUAAUGUCAUUUUGAGUUUUAUAUUUUUUAUUAAAUUGAAGUAUAUCACAUAAUUAUUUAAUUUUCAUAAUCUAAAAGAGUUUUUCUGUGAUAAGUUAAUAUUUACAUCUUAAUCGACAAAAAUUUGAAGUACAAAAUGAGCAAAACAAAUAACGAAAAAAUUAUUGAGAUUUUAAUUGAAACAGAAAAAGUUGCUGAUAAAAUAAUGGUUAUCAAACAAGAAAUAAUAUCAUUAGAUAAACGAAGGCAAGAAAAUAGGGAAGCAAUUCGAGAAAUAGGAAAAUCAGAAAAUGAUAAAAAAGUUUGGAUAACAGUUGGCUCAUUGUUAAUAAAAAUGGAAAAAUUAAAAGCCUUAGAAUUACUAAAAAAAGAUCAAAAUGAAAUUGAAAUAGAAAUCAAUAAAUUAAGAUCUGAACAAAAAAUCUUAGUCAAUCAGCAUAGAGAUUUAGAGCAUUCGUCGCCAUUUAGUGGUUCAAAUUUAAAACCUCUGAGCGCUAAAGAAAUCUCAGCGUUAAAAACAAAUUUACCUUUAUUGUCUUAAUAAUGUUACUCUGAUAUUUGUUACAUUAUUUGGAAAUUAAAGCAAGCCAACAUUAUCAAGUAAACGUAUUAUUGAGAAAA